AUGGGAGUCCGUGGACUAACUACUUACAUGAACCGGUUCUACUCGAAGAAGUGGAAAACUAUUGAGGUACGUGGACGGCUCAUAAUCGAUGCUAUGAGUAUCUGUUUUGUCAUUCAUGAGAAUAAUCACAUAGACUGGCUACAUGGUGGGCAGUACUGGGAGCUGAGGCAGUCCUACAAGCGUUUCAUUACUAGCCUCCUGGAAAGUGGCAUCGAGCCCAUUGUCAUAUUUGACGGUAUAGAUUACACCAAGAAGAAGUCUGGAGUUAUGAUGAGACGCAAAAAGAGUGCCAGAGAGGCCAUCUCAAACUCUCUUUUAGUGAGUGAUGUAGCUAAAGUCUCACCUAGCCCCUCACAGGUGGUAGAAGAACCAUCUAGUUCUGGUCACAACUCAUCUGAUAGUGAGACAUCACCUCUAGUCAGUAACGUUACCAAACCAGGUCCAUCACAUGCCACUGUGAUUCCUCUUUUUUCUGGAGCUGUAUUUCGUGAGACCCUAAGAGAGCUUGGUGUUUCUUUCAUUUUUGCUGAUGGAGAUGCUGAUAAUGAUAUUGCCUCUAUUGCAAAUGAUUAUUCUUGUCCAGUCAUAUCAAAUGAUUCUGAUUUCUUUUUCUUUAACAUCAGGGCUGGAUACAUACCUUUCUAUAAUCUUCAUUGGGAACAGCAACCAGUCACUGCACAAGUAUAUCAUUAUGAAUAUUUUGUGUAUAGCUUUUAUUUUAAAAGUCCCGAGGCUCCACUCCUAAUACCAGCAAUACUAGGCAACGAUUAUAUCAAAAUGUUGAAGUCGCCUUGUCUAAGAGGAGAUAUUGCCGUGACUUUGCUUAAUGCAAGGGAUAGGAGAGGAGGGACCAGGUCAUGGCUAGACAAAAUACAUGAGUUAGUAAUGUAUUUAAGCAAGUUCAGUUCACUAGAUAAGUUUCUGAACCGCGUCAGUAGGUGCUGCCUACGUAACGAGGUAUCCAUCAUUGAAAAAAAUUUUAGAAUUGCUAAGGAGUUUUACACAGUCAAAGCAUUGAGUAUAAAUGACAUUAUGAACAAGUCUGAAAUAACUACAUCAAAUGGGACUACUCUUCCUUUAUGGAUGAUUCAGCAGUUUCGCAAGGGACAAUUUUCACUUGGUGCAAUGACAUCUCUGGCUCUUAAUGGAUCCGUUUUACCUAAUAUAAUUGAUAAUCCAAAAAGGCGCUCUGCCAUGUUCAUUGGAUUACCAAUUAGACAUUGCAUGUAUGCAAUUAUGUUACCAUUUCUGGAAGACCCAGAUGUAUGUGAAACUGUUUGUGUUGACUCUAAGGAUAAGCCAGCAUUAGCUGUAGGAUUGAUGCUCUUUGUUUCUCACUGGAGUCCUCCUCUGGUAUUCUCAACUGGUUUGCAGACAAAUGGAAACUAG